AUGGCGGAUGACUUAGUACAUGAUGAGUUAGAAAUAAACGAGGAUCAAAAUAACGUAGACUUGUCAUUGGAUGAUUCAAAUCAACAUCUUGCAUGCAAUAGGCAUUCAGAACCAUAUCUUAAUAUGGUAUUUGAAAACUUAGAGGUUGCUCGUGCAUAUUAUAAUGCAUAUGCAAGGCGAAAGGGUUUUAGUAUACGGGUAAAUCAUACUCAAAAAAAUAAAGAUAAAAUAAGGAUUGGAAUUGAAUAUGUUUGUUCGAAAGAAGGAUUUCGUCGUCAAUGUAAUGAAGACAAGGAAAGAAUAGGUCCAGAGCGUGCAGAAACAAGAGUGGGAUGCAAUGCAAUGAUAGGUUUAAAGAAAGUUGAUGAUACAUGGAUUGUAUGUAAGUUUGUGGAGGGUCAUAAUCAUGAGCUUCUUACCCCUAAGAGUACAAGUUUGCUUCGUGGGCAUAGAGUGAUAACAAGUGCCCAAAAGAAUCUUAUAGAUUCACUCAAUGAGUCGGGUAUAGCCCCAAGCAAGAUAAUGUCUGUGUUAAGUAAAGAAUCUGGUGGUGAUUAUAAUGUUGGAUGUAUUCCAGUUGAUAUUCAAAAUUAUUUGGGUAGAAAAAGAAGAAAGUUGCUUCAAGAUGGAGAUGCUCAGGGAAUGUACAAACAUUUUAUUGAGAAUCAAUGUAAAAAUCCAGGUUUUGUUUAUGCAAUUGAAGUUGAUGAAUAUGGGUGCAUGGGUAAUUGCUUUUGGGCAGAUGCUAGGUCAAGAAUGGCAUACCAAUAUUUUGGAGAUGUUGUUACCUUUGACGCUACAUACCAAACAAAUCGUUAUAAGAUGCCUUUUGUUCCUUUCACAGGCGUUAACCACCAUCAUCAAUCUGUGAUGUUUGGAUGUGCUUUGCUUGUCAAUGAAACAGCAGAAUCUUAUACAUGGUUGUUGAAGACUUGGCUUAAUGCAAUGCCUGGAAAUCCUCCUUCUACAAUUAUAACAGACGAUGACAAGGCUAUGGCUAAGGCAAUUGCAGAUGUAUUGCCAAAUGCAACUCAUAGAUUGUGUAUGUGGCAUCUUUUACAGAAAGUUCCAGAACAGUUGUCCCAUGUAUAUAAUAAAUAUCCACAUUUUCAAGAAGAAUUUUAUCAUUGCAUCCAUAAUACAAUCACUAUUGAAGAGUUUGAGUUAGAAUGGAGUAAAAUUAUGGAGAAAUAUGAAUUGGGGGAUAAUGAUUGGUUGGGAAAUCUUUAUAUGCGGCGUGAAAGAUGGGUUCCAGCUACUUACGAAGCUCAUUUUGUGCCAGGAUGUCUACAACUCAAAGGAGUGAAAGCAUGA